CACAAGAGACAUUGGCUCCGCCUUGACCCGGAUGUGCAUGAGGCACCGGAGCAUUGAGACCAAGCUGAGGCACUUUACCAACGCCUUAAUGGAGAGCCUCAUCAACCCCCUGCAGGACCGCAUCGAGGACUGGAAGAAAACGGCCAACCAGCUGGACAAAGACCACGCAAAAGAGUACAAGCGUUCCCGACACGAGAUCAAGAAGAAGUCCUCUGAUACGCUGAAGCUUCAGAAGAAAGCUCGCAAAGGGAAGGGGGACCUGCAGCCCCAGCUGGACAACGCGCUGCAGGACGUCAACGACAUGUACCUGCUCCUGGAGGAGACGGAGAAGCAGGCCGUGCGCAAGGCCCUCAUCGAGGAGAGAGGGAGGUUCUGCACCUUCAUCGCUUACCUGCAGCCCGUGGUGAACGGAGAGAUCACCAUGCUGGGGGAGAUCACCCACCUGCAGGGCAUCAUUGACGACCUGGUGGUCCUGACGGCUGACCCACACAAGCUGCCCCUGGCCAGCGAACAGGUGAUCAAGGACCUGAAGGGCUCCGACUACAGCUGGUCCUACCAGACGCCCCCCUCCUCGCCCAGCAGCUCCGGAUCCCGCAAGUCCAGCAUGUGCAGCCUGGCGCAGCCGGUCAACGCCAACACGCGCCUCUCCAGCGUCUCCUCCCACGACUCGGGCUUCAUCUCCCAGGACGCCAUGUUCUCCAAGCCGCCCUCGCCCAUGCCCUCUGACAUCACCAGCCAGAAGUCCUCCAGCUCCGCGUCUUCCGAGGCCUCCGAGACCUGCCAGUCUGUGAGCGAGUGCAACUCCCCGACCUCGUGGAAACCCCAGAGCGCAGCCCACCCGCCCACCAGGACCGACGGAAGCUCCCGGAGAAGCCUGAGCCUGGACUGGUCCAAGGCCGGCUUCUACGAGAUGCCUGGGGCCGGUGCGCUGCAGCCGCGCCGCAAGGACCGCGUGGAGCACCUUCGCGAGGCCGAGAUGGGCCCCUCCCAGCCGCUGGUCUACGCGGGUCUCGGCCUGGAGGAGGCGGGGCUGCACCGCCCGCGCAUGUCCCCCGCCUCCAUCGCCGCCAAGCACGGAGAAGAGGUCUCCCCGGCGGCCAGCGACCUGGCGAUGGUGCUGACGCGCGGGCUGAGCCUGGAGCACCAGAAGAGCAGCCGGGACUCCCUGCAGUACUCCAGCGGGUACAGCACCCAGACCACCACCCCCUCCUGCUCCGAGGACACCAUCCCCUCCCAAGGUUCCGACUACGACUGCUACUCGGUGAACGGGGAUGUCGAAGGGGAGAGCCAGAGCGAGUUUGACCGCUCCUCCACCAUCCCACGCAACAGCAACAUCGCCCAGAACUACCGCCGCAUGAUCCAGACCAAGCGGCCCGCCUCCACCGCCGGCCUACCCUCUGGCUCCGCCGCCUCUGCGGCCGGCGCUCCCCCCGGGGUGGCCACCAUCCGCCGCACACCCUCCACCAAGCCCACCGUCCGCCGGACCCUCUCCAACGCCGGCCCCAUCCCCAUCCGGCCACCCAUCGUCCCCGUCAAGACCCCCACAGUGCCGGACUCCUGCCCGGGCUUUGCCGUGGGGCCCGUCCGGGUGGGCAGCGAGGAGUGCGUCUUCUACGCCGACAUGGACGCCUCCUCCGCCGCCGCCCUGGAGUUCGCCAAGGCCUCCCCCAAGCGGCUGAGCCUGCCCAACACGGCCUGGGGCCACAGUGGCGGAGGAGGGGGCUCUUCCGUGAUGGAGGUGGCGGCGUUUGCAGGGGGCGGGAGGCCCCUCUCGGCCGAGGAGGAGGAGCAGCAGCUGGCUGCCAACCGGCACAGCCUGGUGGAGAAGAUCGGGGAGCUGGUGGCCAGCGCCCACGCCUUGGGGGAGGGACAAUUCCCCUUCCCGGCCCUUUCCCGCGCUCCGGGGCCCCAGGAGCAGACCCCCAGCCCUCCGCCGGCCGCCUCCGCCUUGGCCGAGGACCCUCCCACCGAAGACAUGCUGGUGGUCAUCCGGCGCGGGGUGCGCCUCCGCAGGACCAUCACCAACGACCGGUCGGCCCCCCGCUUUUUGUGAUGAAGCCGCCGCUGCCGCCGGGCCCCUCGCCUCCCCCUCGGCCGCAGAGGAGGAGCAGCAGCAGCAGCAUCGGAGCCAAGGCCGGGCCAGGGUGAGGAGCCGCAGGCAGAAGAGAAGGACCGCCGAGCCGCAAAAGGGCCAAGCUGGGUCGUGAUGCAGAGGAGACUAAGCCUCAACACGCCUUGGCUCACCCGCCUGCAGCUCGGCCACGACCUGGAUGUGGAGCUUGCUUCCUGCGGCCCGUUUCCUCUGUCUGCACCUUCCUGGCCCUCAGAGGCCGGCCCCUUCCUCCUUCCCUCUCCUUCCUCUCAGUGUCUCUGUGUGUGGAAAAGGGGUCAGGACCAGGAGGGGAUUUUGCGGGCGCAUCCGUGGCAUGAACCCCGCCAUGUGAGCUGCAACGUCUCCGGGCGGCUCGCGCAUUCCCGUUAGAAGUACUCUGGACCAUGAACCACCCUGGGGGUUGCCUGCUGGCCCGUCCCUUGGCAUCUCUUUCUCUGUGUGUGUGUGUCUCAUGAAUGCAUUUUCUGUCUCUCUUUUGUCUGGGCUGCUUCCGAGGAAGACUGCCAGCAGCCAGACCGGAGGCACAGCUGCUGGAGGUCAGGCCCUGUGGCCGGAGUGUGUGCGCAACAUGCACAAUGCACCAUUCGGAGGCAGGCCCGUUGCAAAGAGUCCCUGGGUGGCAACGUUGGGCUCUCUGGUGCAUUUUGCAAGCAAGGGCCUCCUCCCUUUCACCCUGGCCAUGGCUGUGACUGGAUUGAGGGUGCACCUUCCUGUUGGGAGUUGUGCAGGUAGCCAAGGGCGGUUGUCGGUGCUCUCUUUCCACGGCUGGGCUCUGGCAGCAGAGGAGAAAUCCCAGGGCGCCUCUGGAAUCAUGCGCAGGGGGAGGGAGCAUUCAGAUGUGCCAAGUGGGUUGAUGAGGAUGGGUCUUCUGUGCGAGCCGAAGGGAGGAAGCAGGGUCAUAGGGUUGCAGAACGGGAAGGAAAGGGCUGAACUGCUCCAAGAGCGGAGUAGGGGCCUUGCAAA